AUGUCCGUGGAGAAAAUGGACGCCACGGGGACCUCGACGCCAGUCGUGGACGAAGAGAAAUUAUCGAUGCAGGCCGAUCAACGCCCUACUAACCCCUCCUUUGCGGAGCUGGGGACGGUAGAGGCACUUGGAAACAGUGGCCCGAAAACAUCGUGGCAGAAGUUCGUGAACUGGAUGGAGACUCGGGCCGACCUGGAAGCUCGCGGUAUCGAACGCGUGCCAGAGUCUAGUCGCCAACGCAAGGCUUCGGUGAGAGACCUCUUCCAAAUCGGCAUCGUCUGGUUCUCGGCCAACUGCACUGCCAACAACAUGACCGUCGGAGUUCUCGGUCCAAUCGAGUUCCACCUAGGCUUGAAGGACGCCAUGCUUAUCUGCGCAUUUGGAAACAUAUUUGGCGCCAUGUGCACGGCAUACAUUGGUACAUUUGGACCCAUGUCUGGUAAUCGAACUCUGGUGAACGCACGAUACACGAUGGGAUGGUACCCGUCCCGUCUGGCCGCUCUGUUCAACGUCGUUGUGCAAAUCGGAUGGGGUUUGGUUGAUUGUCUCGUUGCUGGCUUGAUCCUAUCCGCUGUCAAUGGCGGAGGCAUGACCGUCAUUGUGGGAGUUAUCAUUGCAGCAUUGGGUACCUGGCUCAUCAUCACGUUCGGCAUCAAAUGGUUUCAUAUCUAUGAAAGAUAUGCCUGGCUUCCCCAAAUAUGUGUCUUAUUCAUCAUGGUAGGCACAGCCGGACCGCUCUUCGAUACCAGCUCAACCAGCUCUGGCGAAGGCGCUGUCCUCGCCGGCCACCGAUUGACAUACUUCUUCCUCAGUGCCUCCGGGGCUCUCGGCUGGUCCGCCUGCGCCUGUGAUUUCUUCGUCUAUUUCUCCCCGAAGACUUCACGCUUGCAAAUCUUUUUGUGGACGACCGUGGGCCUCGGUCUAGGCAAGAUGUUCCCCGAACUCAUCGGCAUCGGUUUGGGAAGCGGUCUCACCAAGAAUCCUGCAUGGAAAGCCGCCUUCGCGACGUCCGCGGGGGCCCUGUACGUGGAGGGCCUCGCGCCACUGCAACAAUUUGGCAAAUUCUGCGCCGUCCUCCUCGCCCUGGGCAUCAUCGCCAACAACGUCGCCGGAAUAUAUGCGGGCGCUCUGUCUUUCCAGCUGCUCGACCCGCGAUUCGCCCGCAUUCCCCGUGUCUUCUGGUGCACCGUCGCGACCAUCAUUUUCACUGUGACCGCGAUCGCGGGCCGCGCCCACUUGCUGCAGAUCUUCAUUAACUUCCUCUCGCUGAUCGGCUACUGGACUAUCAUCUGGAUCACCAUGACGCUGGAAGAAGAAUUCAUUUUCCGCAGAAAACGUGGCUGGUACGACUGGAGUGCGUGGAACACGCGCGAACUUCUCCCCAUCGGACUCGCGGCCUUCACGACGUUCGUGAUCGGAUGGGUGGGUGCCAUCAUGUGCAUGGACCAAGACUACUACACGGGCCCGAUUGCCUCUCUGAUUGGUGACGGUGCGGAUAUCGGCCUCGCUGUCGCUGCAUCUUGGACAGCUGGCAUCUAUCCCGGUCUGAGAUACCUGGAAUUGAAGUAUAUCGGACGAUAG